GCCAGGCGGUCGCUGGUGCAGCUGCCCGGCCGGGGACAUGGAGCGGCCGCGGCGCCCUACGCCCCCCGGGGCCGGAGCGGCGAGGGCGGGGACCGCGUAGCGCGCAGCAUGGAGCAGCUGCCCCUGGGCCCAAGAGAUGGGUGCUCUCCCGGGCGCCCGCUGCCCUGGCAGGGGCCGAGGACGCUGCUGCUGCACAAGAGUCUCCAGGACGGCUUCGGCUUCACCCUGCGGCACUUCAUCGUGUACCCACCCGAGUCUGCCGUGCACUGCAGCCUGAAGGAGGAAGAGAAUGGGGGCCGAGGGGGCCGAGGAGCAGGAGCAGCAGGAGGAGGAGGAGGAGGAGGAGGAGGAGGCCCCUCCCCGCGGCACCGCCUGGAGCCCAUGGACACCAUCUUUGUGAAGAACAUCAAGGACGAUGGCCCCGCACACAGGGCGGGGCUCCGCACAGGAGACCGGCUGGUGAAGGUGAACGGGGAAAGCGUCAUCGGGAAGACCUACUCCCAGGUCAUAGCGCUGAUCCAGAACAGCGAUGACAACCUGGAGCUGACCAUCAUGCCCAAGGACGAGGACGUCCUCCAGCUGGCCUAUUCCCAGGAUGCCUACCUGAAGGGGAACGAGCCCUAUUCUGGAGAGGCCCGCAGCAUCCCCGAGCCACCCCCUCUCUGCUACCCCCGGAAGACCUACGCCCCACCAGCCCGGCUGUCUGCCUGGGCCACUAUGGUGCCUGAGCCCACCUCGGCCCUGCUCAGUGACCCCCGGAGCCCCGCCGCGUGGAGUGACCCAGGGCCCUGCGUUCCGCCCGCCACCCUCACCCACCCAGAGUCCUCUUCCUUGGGGAUGAGCCAGCCCCGCCCCAGCCCUGGUGCCUUCCCCCACCUACCUGAGGAGCCCCGGACGUCCCGUGCCUUCCCAGAGCCCGGCAGCCGGGCGCUCCCCAGCAGACUGGAGUGCCAGCAGGCCCUGUCGAACUGGCUGUCGAAGCAGGUACCCCGCAGGGCGGGGGAGAGUCGGUGCCCGGCCAUGCCACCCCGGGCCCGCAGUGCCUCGCAGGACCGGCUGGAGGAGGUGACCGCCCACCGUGCGUGGCCCUGCUCCACGUCCCAGGAUGCUUUGAGCCAGCUGGGCCGGGAGAGCUGGCACCGGGCACGCUCAGAGGACUAUCUGGGCCGGGCCACCCGCUCCGCCGAGGCCCUGGGACCAGGCCUGCUGGGGUCACCCCGCUUCGAGCGCUGCAGCUGGGCCUCCCAGCAUCCUGCUGCCCACACAACUGCCUGCCCUGCUCGGGACCUGCCAGGGCCUCAGGCCCUUCCUGCACCCGGCCUGCAGGGCCUGGACGACAUUGGGUACAUGGGCUACCGAAGCUACAGCCCGUCCUUCCAGCGCCGGACUGGCCUUCUGCACGCGCUCUCCUUCCGGGACUCGCCCUUCGGGGGGCUGCCCAGCUUCAGCCUGGCCCAGACUGCCACACCAUUCCCACCCGAGGCCUCUGAACCGCCCAGGGUGACAAGGCCCGAGCCCAACGCCCUGGCCCUGGAGCCCCCGGCCGAAGACCCCCGCGAGGAGGUCAUCCUGAGGCAGAAGCCGCCCACAGGCCGAAAGGGCCCCCUGGGCCCCGCCCGACAGAUGAACCUUGGACUUGGGGACGAAACCCCGGAGCCAGAGGCAGGCGGGCGAGGGGAGCGCUUGGGCAGGAGGGUCACCCCCUUGGCCACCACCGAGGACUCACUGGCUUCCAUCCCCUUCAUCGAUGAGCCCACCAGCCCCAGCAUCGAUCUCCAGGCCAAGCACGUCCCUGCGUCGGCCGUGGUCUCCAGUGCCAUGAACUCAGCCCCGGUCUUGGGCACCAGCCCAUCCUCACCGACCUUCACCUUUGCCCUCAGCCGCCACUACGCGAAAGACUGCAGCAGCAUCAAGGCCGGGCGCCGCUCCUCCUACCUGCUGGCCAUCACCACCGAGCGCUCCAAGUCCUGUGACGACGGCCUCAACACCUUCCGGGACGAGGGCCGGGCGCUGCGGCGCCUGCCGAGCCGCGUGCCCAGCCUGCGGGUGCUCCGGAGCUUCUUCACGGACGGGUCCCUGGAUAGCUGGGGAACGUCCGAAGAUGCUGAUGCCCCUUCCAAGCGGCACUCCACCUCUGACCUCUCAGACUCAGCCUUCAGUGAUGUCAGGAGAGAGGGCUGGCUAUCGUACAAGCAGGUCCUCACCAGGAAGGGGAAGAAGGCGGGCAGCGGGCUGCGCCAGUGGAAGCGGGUGUACGCCACGCUGCGGGCGCGCUCGCUCUGCCUGAGCAAGGAGCGGCGGGAGCCCGGGCCGGCGGCGGGGGCUGCGGCGGCCGGCGCAGGUGAGGAGGAGGCGGCGCCCGUCUGCAUCGGCUCCUGCCUGGUGGACAUCUCCUACAGCGACACCAAGAGGAGGCACGUGUUCCGGCUGACCACCGCUGACUUCUGUGAAUAUCUCUUUCAGGCUGAGGACCGCGAUGACAUGCUGGGCUGGAUCAGAGCGAUCCGGGAGAACAGCAGGGCCGAGGGGGAGGACCCCGGCUGGGCCAACCAAGCUCUGAUCAGCAAGAAGCUUAACGAUUACCGCAAAGUGAGCCACGGCUCUGGGCCCAAAGCCGAUGCCUCCCCCAAAGUCUCUCGCGGGCUGGGGGGGCUCAAGUCCGAGUUCCUCAAGCAGAGUGCGGUGCGCGGCCUCAGGACCCAGGAGCAGUCCCCGGGGAGCAAGGAUGACACUACGGCUGCCCCCAAAACUCCCUGGGGCAUCAACAUCAUCAAGAAGAACAAGAAGGCCACCCCGAGGGCCUUCGGGGUCCGGCUGGAGGAGUGCCAGCCGGCCCCAGAGAACCAGCGCGUGCCUCUCAUCGUGGCUGCCUGCUGUCGCAUCGUGGAGGCCCGGGGGCUGGAGUCCACCGGCAUCUACCGAGUGCCCGGCAACAACGCCGUGGUGUCCAGCCUGCAGGAGCAGCUCAACCGCGGGCCCGGCGACAUCAACCUGCAAGACGAGCGCUGGCAGGACCUCAAUGUCAUCAGCAGCCUGCUCAAGUCCUUCUUCCGGAAGCUGCCCGAGCCUCUGUUCACCAAUGACAAAUACAACGACUUCAUCGAGGCCAAUCGCAUAGAGGAUGCCAGGGAGCGGAUGAAGACACUUCGGAAGCUGAUCCGGGACCUCCCAGGACACUACUACGAGACACUCAAGUUCCUCGUGGGCCACCUCAAGACCAUCGCGGACCACUCAGAGCAGAACAAGAUGGAGCCCCGGAACCUGGCCCUGGUGUUCGGGCCGACAUUGGUGAGGACAUCUGAGGACAACAUGACGGACAUGGUGACCCACAUGCCCGACCGAUACAAGAUCGUGGAGACACUGAUCCAGCACUCGGACUGGUUCUUCAGCGAUGACAAGGACAAGGGCGAGAGAACCCCCGUGGACGACAAGGAGCCGCAGUCGGUGCCCAACAUCGAGUACCUGCUGCCCAACAUCGGCAGGACGGUGCCCCCCGGCGACCCAGGCCCAGAUUUCGCCACCUGCAGUUCAGCCAAGUCCAAGGCUUCGUGGGCGCCCAGGAAGGAGCCGUACGCGCGGGAGAUGCUGGCGAUCUCCUUCAUCUCGGCAGUCAACCGCAAGCGCAAGAAGCGGCGGGAGGCGCGCGGCCUGGGGAGCAGCACGGACGACGACUCGGAGCACGAGGCGGCCCGGGGGGGGGCGCCCGGGGCCCCCGAGCCACCGCCGCGUGCCCCGAGCCCCACGCCCCCCGCGGCCCCGGCGCCGGACGCCCGCUCCGUGGCGUCGGGCUACUCCACGCUGUCGUCGGCCGGGCGCGGCGCGCGGCGGGCGGGCGCGGGCGACGAGGCGGACGACGAGCGCAGCGAGCCCAGCCUGGCGGGCACCGACACGGAAGGCGGCGCGGGCGCGCGGGGGCGCCGGCCCUCGUUCAGCUCGCACCGCCUCAUGCCCUGCGACACCCUGGCGCGCCGCCGCCUGGCCCGGGGGCGCGCUGACCCCGAGGGCCCCCGCGCGCCCGCGCCAGGCUCCGCCUCGUCCAGCAGCCAGGAGUCGCUGCGCCCCCCAGGGGCCGCGGAGGCGCUGGGCGCGCGGCCCUCGCGCCUGGAGACGCUGCGCCUGCGGCUGCGUGGCACAGCCGACGACAUGGCCGUGCGCUUGCGCCGUCCGCUGUCCCCGGAGACGCGGCGACGCCGCAGCAGCUGGCGGCGCCACACGGUGGUGGUGCAGAGCCCGCUCACCGACCUCAACUUCAACGAGUGGAAGGAGCGGGGCGCGCAGGGGGCCGCGGGCGCGCGCGCCCACAGUGACAACAAGGACUCGGGGCUCAGCAGCUUGGAGUCCACCAAGGCGCGCGCCUCGUCCUCCGCCGCCUCGCUGCCCCCCGGGGACUUGGGGACCCUGCAGGCUGUGGCCACCGCCUCCCGCCUCCACCCGUGUCUCUGACCCCCGCGCCCCGUUCUCCCUUGGCUUUCGUCCCCGCUCUGGGGCCUCUGGCCGGGGCAGAAAGGCUGCAGGUCACCCCUAGCUUGUGUGGUGGAAUGGGGGGCAGGGACCCCGGAAAGGGGGGGCUUCUGGUCCUGUCCCCUGCGUGUGUGACCGAGUGGGCCCCUCUGUGUCUGCUCCGCGAAACCCUUGUCGACCGUGGAGUGUGGGUGUGGAAGCCCCGGGUUUCAGGCCGACUUCUGCGGCCCCCUCACUUUCUUGGUCUACUGAGGGGGUGUGGGUGUCAGGGGAGGAGGUGCCGGCGGGCGUCCGCAAGGGAGAGGGCUGUGUGUGUGCUCGUGAGUAGUCGCUGUCCAAAGAUGUUUCCGGUAGCAAUUCUGCCUGUCCAGUGCCCUUCCACCGCCCCCAGCCCCCCAAGGUCCCUUCCUUUGGGACGCUCAGGUGUCUGUCCCUGCUCCUCUCAGAGCCAGAGAAAGGGUUGGGCCACAGACGCAGGACUGAAACCCUCACCAAGGUCACCCCCGCAGAUCCUUUGCCAACCUCCUCGUCACCACGCCUAGCCAUCAGAUGGUGGGGAGCUGCUGACCCCAGCAGUUUGAAGGUCUGGGGUCCCCUCGCCUGUACCCCCUCCUUCCUUUUUGUUUUGUAUUGGGUGUUUUAUUUUUUGUUUUCUAGGGACAGGGUCUCACUAUAUAGCCCAGGCUGGCCUUGAAUUUGUGGAGAUUCUCCUGCCCCAGCCUCCUCCCUCCAUUUUGCUUUCCCUGCUGUGCCUCAGCUCAGGCACAGGGACCCUAACCUUCUUCCUUGUAAGGGGGAGCAGUCACCAGCCCCCUGGCGUCUCUGUCACACUGAUUUGUGGGUUCUGACCUGGGUGGCCCUGCCAGGUGGGUGGGGCCCAGUGCCCUUGGUCCCCCUGCACUGUUUAUAGACCUCCGGUCACCGCGUCCUCACGUCCCUUCACUCAUUCCAGAGAAGCCCCGAGGCUCAUGGAUGGACCCCACUGCCACAUCCGUCGGUCUCCUUUUAGGCAGAAUUGCUGUAGACCUCUCUCCUCCUUCCCCAUCCUUUUAUUGUAAAUAUUGUCUCUAAAUGUGUAACAUAUUAUAAAGAAUUUAUAAGGAUUUUUAAAGAUGUUUUGCUCAUUUACAGAAGUGUUGUAACAGUGUUGGUUAAAGGCCCCCCCCUUGUACGCAUGGCCUCCCACCAUCGUGUCCCUGACACAAUUCUAAGCGACAACUAAGACUUCCUGCUUCCCGAAAGUCCUGUCUUAGCACUACAGUCUUUAUCUUGGAAAUAAAUGGCCUUCCUCCAGGCUUGA